CUCAGCGCCUGUGUGGGGAGGGAGAGCCCACAGGCACCAUGGUGGUGAGCAGAGGAGCCCAGGUGAAGCAGGGACUGGAGCCUUCCCGGGCAAGGGGAGCCCAAAGCAUGCCCUCCUUGCCCCCCAGAGCCUUGGCACGGGAAGCACUGGUGGAGGCAAGGGUGGUGUUCUCGGGCCCAGAUGGUAUACGUGAUCACAGAACAAGGAAGCCUGAACAUACUCACUACAUAGGAGCAACAUCUCCACCAAUAGAGGGGACCAGCGACGUUAACUACUUGUGGCGCCCAGCGCCCUGUCUGUCACACGUGUCACCUCGCAGAUCUUCCUACCCUGGCGACAUUGGGUGGGGUGCAAGGGAGUUCAGCCAUUUCACCAGGAGACACCUCCGGAGUGGAGCACAUAUUAAGAGAGGAGAAAUUCGACAGGCUGCUGAAGAUGGAGCAACACAUCGGUACCAAAGUCCAUGUGCUGUUUCCCGAGUGUACGACAGGAUAAACUACUUGUUCAGGUUCAUCUACAGAGCAAGGCAGCCACCUCCCUGUAUCCUUGAUCAACAAGGCCACAAUGCAAGGGCCAUGUUGGCCUGGAAUUUGGGCAGGCAGGAGGGAUGGCUUCACCCACACACCAACCAGGCUGUGACGGCCCAGGCAUCCCAGGCAUCUCUGCUUCCCAAAUCAAAAGGGCUGGCCACUUCAAAAAAGUUAAAUAAGUUCAUCCAGGAGAUGAAAGCAGGAAGCGCAUGCAGAACCUCACAUUAUCAACUGUAUAAUCACCCGGCAGACGUAGACAGCAAUUAGAAACAGUAGCAGCAAACAGCUUCAGGCCAUCAUCCAAUGUACUUUCAAAUUGAAUGAAAACCAUAAGUAUUAGAAAUGAGAUGCUGUGAAACCAGUUUUGCUAAUUACAAAAAUAAUAAACAGAAAAAAGACUUGUGC